CUGAAACAGCGUCUUCACACGGCAGCUCAUUUUACAGCCCCUCUCUCCACAGUCUCCUCACUAAUUAGCCUAUCUCUAUGCCCGUGUGUGGAACUUGCUAAACAAGCACAUCGUUUGAAACCAUUCAUUCAUCCCUCCAGCUGCUGUCAUGGCAACCGCGUAUGACUGGCAGACAACAGACUGCAGUCUCUGAGCUCCAGUCGACCUGCACGCUUCAGAGCAUGAACACACACUCGUAUGGGCAGAUGAAGAGUUGUGAUAGGAAGACGCCGAGGCAGCCACACGCUGCGAGGGCCAUGACACAUCUGGCAUAUCAACCCCUGCUUCCCACUGGAAAUAAAUAUCUGCAGCAGAAAUGGGACACAGCUUCAUAUGCGUUACACCGGGGAAAGGUCAAGUCAGCCAAACCAACAAUAAACACGACUCCACCGAAGACCUACCGUCACCUGACUCUCAAGCUGAAGAAACUAAAGCUUGAAGAGGAAUGGGCGACGAAGAUUCAAAGGGAAAACGACAUGCUUAAGGGGAAAAUAUCACAUAUCAUGAGGACGACUGGAGGAGUUGACAACAGGAAUGAUUAUGAGAAGAAAAGCCUUGGCAAGGAGAAGCGACAGCUGGAGUUGCUGCGUAUUACCAAGGAGAAUCAAAUGAUCCAGGGCCGUCUGAGCCAGUGCAGGCCUAACUAUAAUGUGAGGAGCUGGCACGAGGACUGGCUCAAAACUCUCAAGGUGAUGGACAGCAUUGCACGUUACCCACGAGGAACAGCAAAUCAGCAAAAGGGACAAGAAAAAGACAGUGACCAAACAGAAAAAAGUGCAGAAAAAGACAGAAAAGACAGAAAAAAUCCCAAAGAGACCAUCGUUCUAAGUACUUAUUCCCACAACGUGGCAUGGAAGACCCACAAGUGA